CCACCUAAGCCUCCCAAAUUUUAAAGGACUUUUGGUUCUUAUACAAGAAUCAUACUAUCACUUCCCCAAAUUUUUAAGGCCACUUUCCCUUAAAUUGAAAAGAGAUAGAGUGAGAUGAGGCAAAGAUCUUUGUUAAGGUGUCCCAAAAAAGAAGAGCAACAAUUAGUCCCAGAAAAAUUUGAAGGAAUUGGGAAUUUAGAGGAAAUUAAAGGGUUUUUGGGUAUCAAUAAUUUUGAUGCAAAAGUUGAAGAAGAAAAAGAACAACAUCAUGAAAUUUUGGUGAAUAAUACUAAUAAUUUUUAUGGGGAGCAUGAAAUUUUUGGGUGGGAUUUUUCCAAUUGGGAAAAUGAAGAUAAUUUGUUCCCAAAUCAUCAAGAAAUUAGAGAUCAAAGUUUCAAUAUUAAUGAUUUUGAUGGUAAUGUGAAAAAAGAAGAAGAAGAUUGUGGGAGUUUUUGUGGAUUUUGGGAUGAAAAUGUUAUGGAAGAGACAAAAACAAGCUUGAAUCUCAACUUGAAUUAUGAAGAAGUACUUGAAGCUUGGUCUAACAGAGGUUCUCUUUGGGCUCAUAAUCAUCAUCCUUCUUUAUCCAUGUCAAGUAAUCAUUAUAUGGGUGAGGUUCCAAAUUUAGAAGAAGAAAGAACGAGAAGAGAAACCAGCGUUCUUCGAUAUAAAGAAAAGCGUCGAAGUAGACUUUUCUCUAAGAAGAUAAGAUAUGAAGUACGCAAACUUAAUGCAGAUAAAAGACCUCGUCUUAAGGGUCGGUUUGUGAAGAGGAUUUCAGAUGAUAAUUAUGAUAAAAUGUCUAGAUGAGGAUGAAAUAUCUUCACAAAAAAAAAAAGAUAUUUCCCACAGUUGCACUAUAAAACUUUUUGCUGACAUGUCUUUGCUUUUGUACAAUUUCCACUUUUACAAAAUAUCAGCUUCUUUUUGGCCAUUCUCCCCAUUAGAUUUUUAUACUUUGGAGUGUGGACGGUGGGCCUGCCUCAAUCAUACAUUUUCAGUCUCUUGACCUCCAUUUCCCUAUUACUUUCUAGCCAAAGUAUAUCUUAUCUUUUAUUGGAGGAAUUUUGCUUUCGAUAUCUUUCAGAUUCCCAAUUUCUUAGCUUAUUAUGAAUGUGUUAGGUUAAGCCUAAUGCUUUUGUACUGCAUUAUAUGGAUUUUUAAACUAUUUUAUAUAUUUUCAUUUGACAAAUUUGUAAUUUAAAGGUAAGAAAAACAUUUGUUAUAUGAAAUUUUAUUAAAUCUGUUUCGAUAUCUACUUUCUAAAUAUCACCUUUUUGUAAUUUUUACUAAUAUAUAAUUAGAGCUAUUAAUAGUGACAGAUUCGCUUUAAAAUUUGUAUGAUAUAAUUAUAAUAAUACAAAGGAAGUAUGACCACUCUUUGUGCAUUGCUUUGCUUCAGCGAGGUUAUUCUAAUCUUUUAGCUGGAUAGAAAUAUAAGUGACAAAACUGAUGACAAUAAGGAUGAAGUGGGAAUGUGGGUGGGGGGUGAGAGUAAGAGUAAAGUGGUUGGUGUUUAUGAUAUUUUUUAUGAAAUAAUUUUUUAAAAAAUGUCCGAGAAAGAAAAAUGAGAAAACCAAAAAGGACGGAGGGAGUAGUAUACAUAGUAGAAACGCGAAGUAGCUACUGCUGAAGGUAAGAAGAUCUAGAGAGCUUGCCUAAGAAGCUCUUCUUGGCUAGACUAUCCAUCGUUUUUUGAGAUAUUUGCCUAGCCAACCAUACUCAAGCAAGCUUGAAUAGAUGGUCGAGGGAGAAAAAAUAGAAUAAGUGGACGGACCAUCUUUAUUUGAUUUUUCAAUUUUUUCACCUUGCUCUAAUUUUUUUUGAACUUGUUAGGGUUUUUUAUGUAGUUAUUUCUUGUAAUUAGACAAUCUAUUAUUCAGCCAAAUUUAUGUGUCUUUCUUUAAUGGAUCAUUUCCUUUCCUUCCUUAAGGCUAAGCUUGAGUAAAGUACCAAUUAGAUACGUAUAUUGCAAUUUUUGAGAGUUUUUUAUCCCAUGUCUUGACAUCCAGAUGUAUAAGGUUAUUUAGAAAUAAUAUUUUGUCUUAGUUUUAAAUUGUUAAUGUAAUUAAGAAAGUUCUGUCAUUAUAAUGUGAUUUUUUGAUA